AUGGCUAAGUAUUCCCGCAAUCUAAGCGGCGAGCAAUCAUUUGAAACCAUAGUAAUGGCGUGGGGUGUAUUAAUUUAUAUCCAGGCAGCGCUGGGAGGUUCACUCUGGUCGAGCUUGGGACCACCGACUGCCGAGACACCAUCAUCGACUACACUAAUGCCGGAGCCGCCAUUGGCCGUCGACACCCUCAGCGGAUCACUGUCCGAAUUCAUACCGGUUAAAUUAUGUCUGGGACUGCAUGAUGUGUUCAUCGCACUGUUUCUGGUUAUGCUUAUAUUAUUAACCAUUUUUGGAAAUGUGCUGGUUGUUCUAUCAGUAUUUGUUUAUAAACGAAUGCGGACAUUUACCAAUAUUCUAUUGACAUCUUUGGCAACUGCAGAUCUUCUUGUGGGACUUGUCGUAAUGCCAAUGUCAUUGCUAGACCUCCUGCAUAACCAUAGAUGGCCUCUUGGGAGAUUCCUAUGCCGAAUGUGGGCAACUUCUGACGUCCUUCUCUGCACAGCAAGCAUUUUAAAUCUUUGCAUUAUCAGUUUGGAUCGCUAUUUCGCAAUUACUUCACCUCUGAAAUAUCCGCGCACUAGAUCUCGAAAAAUGGCUGCCGGCCUGCUUUCUUCAGUGUGGCUGCUUUCGUUCAUCGUGUGCAGCCCACCAUGGAUAAUUCCUAGCUGGAAUCUAUUCACCGAUGCUCAAUUUAAGGCAAAUGAUACAAUGAAUCCUGAUUUUCGUUGCGGGUAUUCACCAUCAGUAUACUAUCGAAUUUACAGUGCUUUAGGAAGCUUUUACCUUCCCUUAUUCGUGAUGCUUUUCGUGUAUUUCAAAAUUUUCCGAGUGGCUUCUGAACGCGAGGCAUUGAUGCGAAAAUCCGUGGGAACGUGUCGCCUUAGCAAUCGAUUGGCGAAAACCCAACAGAAAAAUCAUCGCAAUAAUUUGAGGACCGCCAGCGCACCUCACUCGCGGACCAGGGUCCAAGUCAAUCACAAUUGUGGUCGAGUCAAUUAUUCAGUGAGACCGAUGGAAUACACAAACCGAUCCGAGAACUCACUGCGGCCCGGCCAAGAGCGGUUCGAUUCAACUGAUUGCGAGGAUUCGCCGCCGAACGGCGAUAGUUUGGAAGCAAAUACCACUUGUAACAUUUCCGCAUCUCUUGUGAACGAGACAAACACGCCGAAUGGCUCACAGCGGCGAAGCAAAAACUCAAUGGAGCGCGAAUGUCAUUCAUUGGCCGAUAUUGUCAACAGCGUGGAGACGCCUAUACGCAAAAACACCGAAGUCGGCGUUGCGCCGUCAUUGAGCAAACGUGCGCGACAACAGAAUUCGCGUCUGCAACCAAGCAAUCUUCUGAUGAAGGCUCACGAGCACUAUCAAACAAAUGGACCUGGCAAAGCCGUGCGUGGAUCAAAAGAGAAAAUGGUGUACUUGAGAGAACGAAAAGCUCUCAAAACUAUUGGAAUUGUUGUACUUGGAUUCAUCAUUUGCUGGAUGCCAUUCUUCAUUAUGUACCUUGUCGAAGUGUUCAUAACCGUUGAAGUGGUUGAAUCAAAAGUGUACCAAGUUAUUUCCGAGUUUUUCCUUUGGCUGGGAUACUCAAAUUCGGUUUUGAACCCGAUUAUUUAUACAAUGUAUAAUGGCGAUUUUCGUCGCUGCUUCCGCGAUCUCCUUUCGUUUGGAUGCGUUCAACAUCAUCGUCGAACGAUGAGCGUUAAAAAGCUCCAUCAACAGUCAACGAUAUUCUGA